CCAGCUGCUUUCUGGGCAGCCCAAGAUGGCGGCGCGCUGGAGCAGCGAGAAUGUGGUGGUGGAGUUCCGGGACUCCCAGGCAACGGCCAUGUCUGUGGACUGUCUUGGACAGCAUGCAGUGCUUUCUGGGCGCCGCUUCCUGUAUAUCGUCAACCUCGAAACACCUGCUGACGGCCACCGCAAGAUCUCCCGCCAGAGCAAAUGGGACAUAGGAGCUGUGCAGUGGAAUCCGCACGACAGCCAUGCGCACUACUUUGCCGCUUCGAGCAACCAGCGAGUUGACCUGUAUAAAUGGAAAGAUGGUAAUGGGGAAGUUGGCACUUCCUUGCAAGGGCACACGCGUGUGAUCAGUGAUUUGGACUGGGCAGUGUUUGAGCCAGACCUGCUGGUUACCAGUUCGGUUGAUACGUACAUCUACAUCUGGGAUAUCAAAGACACACGGAAGCCGACCGUCUCGCUCUCUGCAGUCGCUGGAGCCUCCCAGGUGAAAUGGAAUAAGAAAAAUGCCCACUGCUUGGCGACCAGCCAUGAUGGGGACGUGCGCAUUUGGGACAAGCGGAAACCAGGUACUGCUGUGGAAUACUUGGCAGCGCAUCUCUCUAAAAUCCACGGCCUGGACUGGCACCCAGACAAUGAAAACAUUUUGGCCACAUCCAGCCAGGACAACUCCGUCAGGUUCUGGGACUACCGGCAGCCUCGAAAAUACCUCAACAUCCUGGCCUGUCAAGUUCCAGUCUGGAAAGCCCGAUACGCGCCUUUCAGCAACGGGCUGGUGACGGUGAUGGUGCCCCAGUUGCGAAGGGAGAACAGUCUCCUCCUCUGGAAUGUCUUUGAUCUGAACACGCCGGUCCACACCUUCGUAGGGCACGAUGAUGUGGUGCUAGAAUUCCAGUGGCGGAAGCAGAAGGAAGGGUCAAAGGACUACCAGCUGGUCACUUGGUCUCGAGAUCAGACACUGAGGAUGUGGCGAGUCGAUGGCCAGUUGCAGCGGCUGUGCUCCAAUGACCUCCUGGAUGGGGUGGAGGAGCUCAUCGAUGGGAUUUCUCUCCUGCCAGAGCCAGACAAGGCCCUGCCUGCCCAAGAGACUGAGCCCCAGCAGAACUCCAGCCACGGAGAGGAGGAAGCCUUAAAAGAAGAGUCACAGAAAAGCCUCUUGGUGGGGAAAAAGCUGGACCAGCUGGGGCUGCCCCAGACGUUGCAGCAGGAAUUCUCUCUCAUCAACGUGCAGAUCCGAAACGUCAACAUGGAGAUGGAUGCCGUGAAUCGCAGCUGCACAGUCUCGGUGCACUGCAGUAACCACAGGGUCAAGAUGCUGGUGAUGUUCCCCGCGCAGUAUCCCAACAACGCUGCCCCCUCCUUUCAGUUCGUCAGCCAGACCACCAUCCCCUCCACCAUGAAGGCCAAGUUGCUGAAGAUCUUGAAGGACACGUCCAUGCAGAAGGUGAAACGGAACCAAUGCUGCCUGGAGCCGUGUCUGCGCCAACUGGUCUCCUGCCUGGAGUCUGUCGUGAACCAAGAGGACAGCUCCUCCAGCAACCCCUAUGCACUCCCGAACUCUGUGACGCCGCCUUUGCCGACCUUUCCCAGGGUCUCCAAUGCCUACGGCUCCUACCAGGAUUCCAAUAUCCCGUUCCCACGUACCUCCGGAGCCAGGUUCUGCGGGGCAGGGUACCUGGUGUACUUCACACGACCGAUGACAAUGCACCGCGCAGUCUCGCCUACAGAACCAACUCCCCGAUCUUUGUCGGCCCUCUCGGCUUACCAUAGUGGCCUCAUCACUCCCAUGAAAAUCCGUACAGAGACCCCAGGCAACCUACGCUUGUAUGGUGGGAGCCCCACCCGCAGUGAGAAGGAGCAGGUCUCCAUCAGUUCCUUCUACUAUAAGGAGAGGAUGUCACCUUGCUCUGCCAGACGGCGCUGGUCCAUACAAGCGAUUAACGACUUCCCGAAAUCCAGACGAUGGAAGAGCAAACGCGAGGGGACCGAUGCCAGCAACCGGCCAAUCAAAGCUGCUGGGAAAGUGAUCAUUCAGGACAUCUCUUGCCUGCUGCCUGUCCACAAAUCACUAGGGGAGAUGUACAUACUGAACGUGGCUGACAUCCAGGAGACCUGCCAGAAGAAUGCUGCUUCGGCCUUGAUGGUGGGGCGCAGGGACCUCUUGCAGGUCUGGUCGUUAGCUACGGUAGCAACUGACCUCUGCCUGGGCCCGAACUCUGACCCCGACUUGGAGACCCCCUGGGCCCAGCACCCCUUCGGGCGCCAGCUCCUGGAGUCUCUGGUGGCACAUUACUGCCAGCUCCAUGAUGUGCAGACUUUGGCCAUGCUGUGCAGCGUCUUUGAGGCCCAGUCCAGGCCGCAGGGAGCCCUAAACUCCGUGGGACUCUUUCCUCAGCGCUCCUCCAGCCACAGCCGAUAUCCCAGCUUUACCUCCUCAGGCUCCUGUUCCAGCAUGUCCGACCCGGGACUUAGCACCAGCAGCUGGAACAUAGCCAGCAAGGAGAUGGAGCACAACCCAGCCUGGGGCGAGUCUUCCCCUGAGGACUUCCGCUUCGGCAACUUGGCCUACGCCGACCAUCGGGAUCGGGAGAAGGAUCAGCACGACAGGAACAAAAGGCUCCUGGAUCCAGCCAACAUGCAGCAGUUUGAUGACUUCAAGAAGUGCUACGGGGAAAUCCUUUACCGCUGGGGCCUUCGCGAGAAGCGGGCCGAAGUCCUCAAGUUUGUUUCCUGCCCCCCUGACCCUCACAAGGGGAUUGAGUUCGGUGUCUACUGCAGCUACUGCCGCAGCGAGGUCCGGGGUAUCCAGUGCGCCCUCUGCAAGGGCUUUGCGUUCCAGUGUGCCAUCUGCCAUGUGGCCGUGCGAGGCUCCUCCAACUUCUGCCUGACCUGUGGACACGGGGGACACACCAGCCACAUGAUGGAGUGGUUCCGCACCCAGGAAGUGUGUCCCACCGGCUGCGGAUGCCACUGCUUGCUGGAGAGCACCUUCUGACCGAGCGUCCUCCGAGCCUGAGUCUGACUACACCAUGGCCUCGGUUGGGUCGCUCUUGAAAAGCAACGAGGCCGCCGUUCUCCCAGGUGGCUUCUGAAAUGGGUGGGUGGCCGGUGGCCUUCUGCCCUCCCUAACAGGAGGUUGGGUCGGAUGGAGCACCUCUUGUGGGUUUCCUGCCUCAGCAGGGUCUUUCCAAAGUGCAAAGAGAGAGAGACAGUCAUGUGCAGAAGACAAUCACUGUAGCUUGGCAGGGUGGAAGAGCUCUUGAGCAACGGAGGGAUCACGGGCCUCCCAGCCUGGAUUUGGAAGAGGGAACCAAUGCACCUGGGGAUUCUGUUGGAUACGUGAGAAACAUGCCCUGAGCUAUGAGCUGGAUGAGAGGUUGUCUUGAUGUUUCUUCUGACGCAAACAGGGAGGAUCAGAACAAACUAAGUGAGCUCCCUACACAAGCACAGGCAGGGAACAUCCGUCUUGGCUGAAUUAAUUGGUGUGUCCUCUUGUGAACAGAGUACAGCAGAGGCUCUGCCCUGAUGAACAUAACACAGAAAGUUCUUUCUCCUGGGGGUGUUUUUUUUAAAAAACUGCUCUUUCAUCCGAGACUCUAAAAUAACUCCAGAGGUUGAUGGGCCAGAAGGAUUUGGUCCCUUUUUAAAGCAAGGCUAUUAUUUUUGAUGGUGCUUCAGUGACUUGGCUUGGACGUGCCCAUGACACUCCUCCAGAAACUGGCAGCCAUUGCAGGACCGGAAAGGGGUGGUUUUUUGCGUGUGAAAUUGGAUUCUAUUAAGAAAAGAGGGCCUAAGUCUUCAAGGAGCCACGCCAGCUGUCCACUUUGGAGUAGCGGUUUCAAGAUCCGAAUAUCAGUAUUUUUUUUUACUCCGAACUCCAUUCCAGCCCAGAGGAAGGGCUGAGGGCAAGUCUUCUUUACUGCCCAGCGAUUGCACAAAUAUCUUUUGGGUGCAAACAAGAGUCUGAGCUGAGCACCCCAACUUUUGGCUCAGCCCGUCCGUGCCUGGUUCCAGGCUUGCUGGGCCCAUUACCAUUACUUUUGAGCCGUGUAGCUGAGGAGGUGUAUUUGUGUAUAUUCUGUAAUAAAAUAAGAGCAUUUUAUAAAA